GAACAACCAGGGAUCAAAAUGACAUAUAUUUCAUGCUGCAAUUUAUUUUGGAUUUAGAUAUUUUAGCAGAUAAAGUUUCACAAAAGUUGUGGAGAUUUUUUAGUUUCUUUAUAAGCAGUGAGGGACCUCUUUAUAAAUUGGCUGACUUACAACUUGGAUACAACCAAGGAGGCUUAUUAAGCCCAGUCUCCAGAACACUGAUCUUAUUAUGAGCAUGGAAAGCUCGUUAACACCUUGUAGCAUGCCUGAUACGUGUGACUUGAACUUGUUAUUGGCCCCUUCUCCAGGCAACGAACAAUCAGCUGAUCAAUGUUUACCAACAACACCAAAGGGGCUCUCUCAAGAUCUUAGCAUGGUCUCCCCAAAUAACACAGUAGACUCUUCGAACAGUAGUGUUACACGUAUAAAGACUCGACUUCGCCCACGAUCUGAACUGCCUCGUUGCACCCCUAGCAGUACACGCUCCCUCAGAUCACGCUUGAAAUCUGCCCAACUUCCUCUUGCAAAAUCAAAGCCUAAACGUAAGGUUGCUAAGAAAAAAAUGCCUAGCGCCAAUAUGGACAAUCCCAAUUCCCAAUUUGAUGUAUUAGUUUCAAUAGUAUCUGAUAUGAAGGCCUCAAUAGACACUCUAAAAUCUAAUAUUGAGUGCAACCAUUAUCAAUAA